AAAAAGGCAUACUAAAAAGGCAUAUUAAAAGGGCAAAUUAAAGCGAACCCAAAUAGCGCCGCGCGGAAACAUUUAUCAAAACGCAUGGCGCGUGUACUACUUCCCCCCUUCCCCAAAAAACAAAGUGACCGUUUCGCUGGGACGAAUCGUCCAACAAAAAUCACGAAAUCACGAAGUGGUAUGUGAGGGGAUCCCCCCCUUGAGCGUAAAUCUCUCUGCGCGUAUGUCAACGUGCGGGUUUACACAACAGUAAGGUGAAGAGGAAAAAAAAAAGAUAAAAGGGGAAGAAAACGAAACGCAGGAGAAAGCGAAGCGGCGAUAAAACGAAGCACAGGCGAAAGCGAAGCGGCGAUAAAACGAAACACAAGAGAAAACAACGCAGCGAUAAAACGAAACACAGGAGAAAACAUCGCAACGAGAAAACGUCGCACCCCGGAUUGCCCCCAAAAUGAUGAACUUCGCAGAUACGCUGGUCAUCCUGAAUGACGACGCGCCGUGCGAGCUGCUGAGGAAGAAAUACGCGGAGAUGCUUGUCCCAACGGUAAGCGUGUCAAGUUUCAAGAGGAACAAAAUUUACAAAACGUAUAACAACGUAUUCCUGUACACCUACAGAGAGUUUGACUUCCUAUGGGAUCUAGACGAUAACAUUUUGCACAAGGUUCAGAGGUGCCUGAACAAGAGUGGGGUGCUCAAACUGGUUCUUUACAUAAGCAACACGGCGGGUGGGGACAGCCAAAGGCAUGAUGAAAUUGCGAAGAGGCUAAAGAAGGAGUGCCUCUACAGCGGCUUCAUCAACAUUUCCAACGAAACGAACAUGGCGGAAAAUGGGAUCAUCAUAAAUGUGACAGCAGAAAACCCGGAUUUUCUAUCCAACGAAGACGAUAAUGAUGAACAUUCAAGUGACGGAGAGGCGCACGAAAAUGCGGAGGACAACAAGAAGGUCGUCAACAGGGUGUGCGCUAACUGCACUUGCGGGAAAAAAGCAAACGGAGUUAAACUAGACACAGUUGCCAUAAAUGAAAAGGAAGUGCAGUAUCUUACGGAGAACGCCGUUUCUUCCUGUGGAAAUUGCUACCUGGGAGACGCCUUCCGAUGCGCCUCUUGCCCCUACAAAGGCCUGCCAGCAUUCCAGCCCGGCGAAAAUGUGAAGCUCAAUUUGGACAAUGAACCUAACUGAAGUAGAAGCGCUUCCCCCCACCCGUCCGAACCAUCACCCGAUCAGCUUUUAAAACGACCCAAUCGUCUUCUCCAUUUUUGCCGCUUCACAUCACCAUGAAUAAUUUUAAUUAGCCUGUAAAGCCCGCUGCCCACAAGUCGAUGGAGCAAUUUAUUUAUUUUUUUUUUUUUUUUGUCCCCUUUUGUAAAAGAAGAAAAGCGGCAUUUGAUCAUUUGAACGGAGCAGAGAGAGAAGUGAGCAACCGG